AUGUCCCGCACCCUCCGCCUCACCACCCUCCCCACCCGCCACCUAACAACAACCAACCUCACCACCCGCCCCUCCCUCCUCAUCACCACCACCACCACCACCACCAUCACCCAGUACCCCCGCCCCUUCAGCACCACCCGCCCCCGCCCCAACGACACGCUCCCCGUCCGCGUCUCCGGCACCGGCACCGGCACGGUCCAACACAUCUCCGUCCCGGGCAAGACCUACACCUUCACGGCCGACACCUACCCGCUGCUUGGCGGGGGCGAUUCCGCGCCCUCCCCCGUGGUCUACUCGCUCGCCAGCCUGAGCUCGUGCAACCAGGUGACGGGCCACGUGGUGGCGCGGGACCAUGGGAUCUCGCUGGGGAAGUGGGAGGUGCAGGUGGAGGCGGAUUUGCCGACGGCGGUGUUGGUGAGGGGGGCGGCGGAGGGGAAUCCGAAUUGGGAGGGGGUGAGGCUGAGGGUGAGGGUGCAGACGGAUGCGGAGGGGGAGAGGUGGGAGAGGUUUGUGAGUGAGGUCGAGAGGAGGUGUCCGAUUACGAGGUUGUUUAGGCUGAGUGGGGUGAGGUGGGAGAGUAAGUGGGUGAAUGAGAGGUUGUGA